CUCCUCAGUGUUCAGGCUUGGCUAUGGGCUGUCCUUGUCUGCUGCAUUUUCUGGGUUCCUCUUGGAUCCUUUGAGCAACAGGCUGUGCCUCGGGAGGAUCCUUUGUGCUCCUUUGUGACAGAGGAGAACCUUCCAGGCGGUUCUUGCGUGAGCUGCUGCUGUGAUGUCACGGGAACGCUGCCGCGUCCUCGCCGUGUUCCCGUUGCUGUGGGGCACGGAGCCCUCAGUGUCCAGAGCGGCUCUGGGCACCCGCUGGUUGCCGGAGGAUCCUCCUGCCCGAGGCAUUCUCAGCAGCCAGCCCAGCCCCUGACGGGUGUCCUUGUGUGCUUGCAGGGGUACAGUCUGCGACGUGUGCAGCGCAGCCAAAAUGAUCCAGCAAGCGGUUGCUGCAGUUUGCACUCUGUACUCUGUGGCUUAUUCGGGCUAUUUUUUAGCCCACUUGGCACGUAAGUCGAGGUUUUCCCUGGGUGCAGCAUCGGUGCCUGCGGGCUUGCUGUGUGCUUUCUGUUCUCCCACUGGAAUUGAGCUGCCUUUGUAACCAAAUUGCCAUUAAGACACCGUUGGUUUGGGAGAGCUCCUGCCAGCAGCUGCAGCGGAAAAAGGGGGUGUCUGCAGCCAGCGGGGCGUGCACAGCAUUUGCAAUGGAGCCGGGGGGGUUCUGUUCCCUCAAGCGCAGAGUCUGUGCCAGCGGAGCCUGGAACUCCCUCCGGUGGCUGCUCCAGCCAAGAGCUGACACAGCCCAGGAUUCUGUGCUGUUCUCUUGCUUGCUGUGCGAAGGGACUGUGGCUCCUGGAGGGAUGUUGUGGAAGCAAAAUGCUCUCUCGGGGUUGCCUUGCUCCGUGGGAGUUCCCACCACGGGCAGGUUUUUCCUAACAGCAUCUGGUUCGUGUUCCCUGUCCCGUUGCAGGGCACCUCACGCGUGGAUCCCGAGCAGCUCCUCCUUCGGGAGCGCCGUGAGCGUGGGGGAGCCUGCCGAGAAAUACCUGGAACUGGAGCAGGUUGGCCAAGGGGCUUUUGGAACCGUUUAUAAAGGACUCGACAGGGCCACUGGAGGAGAGGUGGCCAUAAAGAAAAUGAGUCUCAGAGGGCAGAACGGGGAACGAGCUGUGAAUGAGAUCCUGGUCCUGAAGGACAAGAAGAACCCCAACAUUGUCAGCUCUUUGGACAGCUUCCUUGUUGAUGAAGAUCUCUGGCUGGUGAUGGAAUACAUGGAUGGAGGAACUUUGCAGGACAUUGUCAGACAGACACGCAUGGCUGAAGGAGAGAUGGCAGCUGUCAGUCGGGAGUGUCUGCAGGGCCUGGAUUUCCUCCACUCGAACCGGGUGAUCCACAGAGAUCUGAAGAGCUCCAACAUCCUUCUGGCAACGGACGGCUCUGUCAAGCUGGCUGAUUUUGGCCUCUGCGCUCAGCUGAGCCCCGAGCAGGAGCAGCGCAGCUCCAUGGUGGGCACUGCUCACUGGAUGGCCCCAGAGGUUGUGACCAGUUCUCCUUAUGGCCCCAAGGUGGACAUCUGGUCCUUGGGCAUUGUGACCAUCGAGAUGGUGGAAGGAGAACCUCCUUACUUCGAGCACACGGCGGCCAUGGCUCGCUGUCUGAUCCGGCAGAACGGGACCCCGCAGCUGCAGGAGCCCAGGCGCCUGUCGGCUCUGCUGCGGGACUUCCUGGAGUGCAGCCUGGAGGCGGACGAGGAGCGGCGCUGGUCUGCCCAGGAGCUGCUGCAGGUGGAUGCGAAGCGGCUGCAGGGGAAAGAGCAGCGCGAGGGAGGGGUUUUCUCGUGGGGCCCCCCUCCAAUAGUCUCCAGUCUCGCUGCUUUUCACAUGCAAAGCCAGCAGAAUCCUCGCCUGGCUUGGCUUGGCAGGGUCCUUUGCAGGUCAUCUGGACCAGGUGCCCCGCAAGGAGCAGGGCCAUCUUCAAGCAGAUCAGGUGGCUCAGAGCCCUGCCUGACCUGAGCCUGGAUGUUUCCAGGGAGGAGGCACCUCCCACAUCUCUGGGCACCCUCUGCCAGUGUUUCCCCCCUAUUCUGAUAAAAAAAUUCUGUCUCACAUCU